CUGCUGUCUCGUCUCUAAUCGGACGGUUGACGGACUUGUCAGGCUACGUCACCGUCUGCACUGGAGAGAGCAGUUUCGCCCGAUUGUCAUUCCCGGAGGAAGAAGAGGGUGUGAUCCUUACUUACCUGCCCGCUGUUUUACCUGGAGUGUUUGCUGUAUCUCCGUGUCGGUCGUCGAGUUCCCCCCCCCGCUGUAGGACGCUGAACGCUGGCUACACUCAGGAGUAAGACGGAGAAGGCAUUAAAGGAUGCUAAGAAGAUCCUGACUCGUGGCCCCAACAUGAGUGUGACGUCAUGGUUUCUGGUCAGCAGCUCUGGCACACGCCACAGGUUGCCACGGGAGAUGAUCUUCGUCGGCCGGGAUGACUGCGAGCUAAUGCUGCAGUCUCGCAGUGUGGACAAACAGCACGCUGUGAUCAACUACGACACAAACACAGACGAGCACAUGGUGAAGGACCUGGGGAGUCUGAAUGGGACAUUUGUGAACGAUCUGAGGAUACCGGAUCAGACGUACAUCACCCUCAAGCUGUCCGAUGUCAUUCGCUUCGGUUAUGAUGCUCACGUGUACAUCCUGGAGAGGAGUCAGCACAAGGUCCCAGAGGAAGCUCUUAAACAUGAGAAAUACACCAGCCAGUUGCAGCUCGGUAUAAAAGCCCUGGAGGCCAAGGCGAAGGAAAAACAGCAGUUCCAGAGCUCAGAGAAGAGCAAGGACUCUCUUUCCAAUGUCAAACAUCAGGACAGGGCCGAGCGUAGAGCCCACUCACUCACAGCUGCCACAGAUUCUCCGAUUUCCAAGCCUACUCCUCUGUAUGGCCAACCGUCCUGGUGGGAGGAUGAGGACCCAGCCAACAAAAAACAGAGCAGAGGUGGAAAACUGCCAGAGCAGGAAUCUCCAGAGCCUGCUAAAGAUGUGCCCAGAUAUGAGGUCAACGGUUCUCUGUCAGACAGUCAGGCCAAGUCCAUCUUCUCCUAUCGCCGGGAGCCCAGCUACUUCGAGAUCCCAACAAAGGAGUUCCAACAGCGACCUACCAAGAAACUCGAGUCGCAGGUUCAUGAGAUUCCAACAAAGGACACCCCAGAUCCCUCUCAGUGUGUCCCUUCCACCCCCACACCCCCCGUAGUCCAAAGCCAUGCCUCCUUUACCAUUGAAUUUGAUGAUUGCACACCAGGUAAAAUGAAGAUAAAGGACCAUGUGACCAAGUUUUCUUUCCGCCAGCAGCGUAAGCACUCUCCAGUAGAGGUGGCUACCACACCUACUGAGGUGCUGUCAGCAGAAAACAAAGUUGCUGAUUGGCUGGUCCAAAGCAACGCUAGUAUGAUAAGGAGGAAAUCACAAGGUGAAGACUUGUACAGCACAAACAGUGACCCGUCGCUUCCGAUGAACACCAAGUCACACCACCAUGAAGAUGGCUCUCACAGUGAUUCAGGACAUCUGUCAAUCAGUGGAAAAGAUUUUCUCCAAUCAGAACCCCAGAAUGCAUCCCAGGGUUCUCCACAAGCCCUGAGAAAUUCCGAACCACAACGCUUUACCUCCCCUGACUCUGAGGAACCUUUUUCCUGCUCGCCACCAGAGUCUCAGUCUCUUUCCAGUCUUGACAAGGCUGAGCCCCACCAGGCGUUUGUCAUUGAAUUCUUUGAUGAUAACCCAAGAAAGAAGCGCUCCCAGUCCUUCACCAAUAACACUAGCCCACCAGAGCCCUCCGGCCAUAGGUUCCAGCAGGAGAAGCCAAAGAAGAGCACAAGCCCAACUGUGGAGAGAAAAGUUCCACCUCCACCCACCACAACUCCCCCAACCCAACGAUACACAAUCCCCCUCAAGGACCCAGCUCCCACAGUACCCCAGAGAGCUGGCUCUCUACGAAGAGAAAAGACAGAUGAUCGAAUCAGCACAGGCUUUUCUUCCCGCUCUUCCUCCUCUGCGUCUACAAGACCCUUCAGCAGCGUGGGCCGGAGGUCUAAACUCGCCCAGGAAUUUACUGCAGAAUUUCUCAAACAAGCAAAGCAGAACUUAUCUGCUAGCUGGGAUAAAAAUAGUUCUAGUGCCUCUAGAGCAGCUAAAAAAGAGACAGUGACAGUAUCACAGUCUGACCAGAGUACUACUAGCCCCCCUCGAUCUGAUGGAAAUUACCAACCCAAAACCUCCUCCCCUGUCCACCAGCCUGUUCCCCUCAAGGCCCCGGUCAUGCCUCUUUCCUCUCAAACUGUGGAGGUCAAGAGUCCUCAUCGUGGAUCAAGAAAUGAGGAGGAGGACAGUCUGAGUGACGCCGGAACCUACACUAUAGAAGCAGAUGUUCCAGAUAAAGAACUGGAGGAGGCAAGAAGCAAGAUUGACCAGGUUCAGCCAGCAGGUGCUGUGUUGCAGGGGGCUCCUAAGUGGAUGUCUUGCUGGGCCAGCUUGGCAGACAGCUACACAGACUCUGGCCCUUCGUCUGGCCUCUUUGACAUCCCCUCCCAGAUGGAACUGUCAGGAGGGGCACGAGCCACGAUCAUCCACAAGGCCACGCUCAGCCGAAACCACGACAGCACAGACGCCGACGGUUCCAAAGCUCGACGCGUCCUGCCACAGGUACCACUGGGGGAGAAGAGUGACAUUCCAACUCCCAGCAUUCAUGUUCACUAUGACCCGCAUUCAACGUUCGAUGUCGGAGACCAGAGCUUGGUGGCGCCCAGCUCCCAAGACAGCAUUCACAGGUUAACAGUGCAGGAUGAUGUAGAGCCUGACAGUCUGAGUGAUGCCAGCAAAUCUGAUGAUGGAUCCAUCAUUGAGCAGAGGAGAAGGCCGCUGUCAGACGGGGAAGACAAGCAAACUGAGGAGAAGCCCAAAGCCCCAGCUAAGUCCACAUCUUUCUACAUCGGGUCGGAAGAUGAGGUGUCUAAACCAGAGCGAGGAGGCUCAAAAACCAGCACUCCGAAGGUUGAAAGGAAACAUGUGACCAAAACUUUCUCAACAGCCACUCUGACUAAACAGAAAGGCAGUCAGGACUUUGGAAAAUUAAAACUCACUGUAUCUACUCCUGUACUGGGCCAGGGGACACGGAGUCCAGAGCUAAAGGAGGGCUCCGUUUCCCCAUUAAUCAGACAGGAGAGCUUCACCAAGGAGCGGCCCAGCAAUCCCAGACUGCCCAACAUCUCAAGCCAGCCUGCACAAAGAGACCUAGCCCCUGAAUUAUUUCAGGGAUCCAACAGUCAGGAUACUCAUUCUUACCUCAAAGAGACAGAGAAUGUCCUGGCUGUUCUAGAAGCUAAACUCCAAGCAGGACAAUCAGGGCCCUCUCCAUCUCCUGUUAUGGACUCUCUUUCUGGGGAGUCUGAUGUGGAUACCUCUAGCACAGUCAGCCAGCAAAGCAAUAAGACCAAGCCAAACACAAUGACGAAAAAACCAUCUGGUAGUGGCUUCCAUAGAGAAAGGUCUUCAGCUAGCACAGCUAGUCAGGACUCAAAUCAUCAGUCCACAUCAUCAGAAAAGCACCGUCCUCUGGGAGCGGACAGCAGGAACAAGACUGAGUCUGUCAGGAGGCCCGUUGGACUGAGACGCAGUGUGGGGAAAUGUGGCUCCACAGACCUCAGCGAUGACCCUCAGAGUUUACCUUACUCUGAUCAGGAGUCUAACAACCACCAAACGCGCAGGAAGUACACCGUGCCCCUUCAGAAGGAGGACGGCAAGAGCUCCAGAGCAUCCCAGGCCCUGAGUCGUGCCAACAGCCUGUCAGCUCCAAGACCUACCAGGGCCUCCAUGCUCCGUCGGGCUCGCCUGGGAGAGGCCUCAGACAACGAGGGCACAGAGACAGACAGACUGUCCCAGGAGGCAGGCAACGCCCCACCUAAGCAGCCUCAGGAAGCCAAGAAACUUUCCAGGCUGGAUAUGCUGGCCAUGCCUCGCAAGCGGACCAGCUCAUUCAACACACCCAGUGACACCGAGGCCUCAUCCACCCCGCAGUGGACCGGCAGGAGCACAGGAUUUUCCAACCGCAGCACAGAGUUAGGCGGCAGCUCUUCUCGAAGGGCCUCUGCUUCGGGGCCAAAGCCUGUAGAAAGGCCACAGAAAGCACCGCUCGCCAAAACCCCAAUCACUCGUGUACGCUCCAGCAGUGCCAAAUACGCCAGCAGCACAGCAAGCUCUAGGAGACGACAGAAAGGCUCUGACUAUACCUCUACCUCAGAUGAGGAGUACGACUCAAACCAGAGCACUCCUAAACACAAACGCUCCCAAACUUCCCCAGCUUCUUUUAGCCCCCGUCAUCAGCCUCGAUCACAGCCGGUGGUUGCCAUGCGUCCGAAAUCUCGAAACAGAGAUUCUGAAGAGGAGAACCACGAAGGAGAGGCCUUCCAAAAUUGGUCCUCUCACAGUGCUGAGAUUGCACGGUUGAGUCAAGAUCUAGCCAAAGACUUGGCAAUCUUGGCCAGAGAGAUUCAUGAUGUAGCAGGUGAUGGUGAUCCACAAAACCUUGGGGGGGAGGGCAGUGCACCUGUCUCCACAGUGACCGCUCAUGAACAGCUGCUUCAGCAUAUUCCAGAGGCUGGAUUACACUACCAGAGAGUCCCACCAAGCUCUGCACCUACGAGGACACCCGACCAGAGCCUAAGUGACCUUGAACGUAACUCCAGGCAACAAGCUCGAAGCAGAGACGAGGCUGUCGUGGAUAAUUUGAUGCUGAAUCCAGUGUCUCAGGUCAUUGUUGCCAUCAGAGAAAACACGGAGCAACUUGCCGACAAAAUUAAGGUACUGUUCCAGGACAGGGUGGAUAUCUGGGAGGAAAUAGAGGCGAGGGUUAAUUCUGAUAAUGAUGUCCCUGUUGUCAAAACUUCCAACAAGGAAAUCACAGCUAUCUUGAAAGAACUAAGGAGAGUUCAGAGACAACUUGAGGUCAUUAACACAGUCAUGGAACCCAGUGGGCAGCCUGAAGCUACCAAAACCUCAGCCACUGCGGCCUCCUCCUCCUCUUCGUCUAGAGCUCGGUCCUCUAGACCUGCUUCCUCACGAGACUGGAGAACAGUUCACUCUGUUACCAAGCGUGGCGGAGGCCCGAGGCCCAGCGAGAGCAUCAGGAGAGCAGCUGUGACCCCAGACGAUCUCAGAGAGGGAUAUUUAGUCUGAGAUCUCGCACCGACACACCAGCGCUGAACUUCUGCUAUAACUCCACAAAGCCAGGUGUUGGACGAUUGUGAAAUGAAACAAACGGGGGGAGAAGUGAGACUGCACAUCCAAAUAUACACACUACUGCACUGUGAGCACUACACACCUACGUGGUUGUGUAAAUACGCAGUCAAGCUUGCACUAAUCGCCCUUAAAACACGCUGGAGUGGGAGCCCUACAUGCGAGGUGAUGAUUUAAGGAAGUACUGUAAUAUUUCAGUGAAUCUCACCUUCACUUCAGGGCUACAAAGCUAUACUUGAUUCUGUGUUCUCAUUAUUUGCCAAUGAUAUGACCAGCACAGCUGAUUUUAAAAAUCUCAUUGUAAUUAUUUGGUUUAGCCUGAGCAUAAUCAUCUCAGGGAAAUCUUUAAAUACAUGAAAUAUUUGUGACAAAUCAGAUUUUGGAGGUUCAUUGAUAUUUGUUCUGAGAGUAGAGUGACCUGCAGUUAUAGCUUCCAGAUGUUGGUUUACUGUGAACUCGUAUCCUCAGUAGCCCCAUUGCAUUUCUUUAUAUAUUUUUUUUCCCAUGUUGUUUGUCUUUGUUUGCCACUUUCUUCUUUGUGGACCAGAUUUAUAGAAGACUGUAAAAAGUAUUUAUUAGGGCUCUUUCGUGAGACACUAUAGUGUUUUGUAGCUGACACAACAUGACUUUGGGAGAGAGCUAGUGGCCUCUAAUUCCAGACUAGUUAUUGUUAUAUUGCACAGUUGCUACAAGCCGAGUUUGUGUGUCCCUGCUCUGGUAACAUUUCUCCCCUCAGUAGAUGGACACUACCUGUUUUUCCUCUUAUCCUUCAGGAAUGUGCGACGUGAAUAGAAGGAGGGGCUCACUUCACAGUUUAGCCACCUCACAGUCACAAAGUCAAGUGGCACAACUUUCCAAUCAUUCCUGGCCCCUCCCUCUGUUGUUUUUACUGCAUCGAGCACAGUUGGAAGCUUAAAACCUCCGCUUUGGGUUGUUGUUUUCCAUGCCUGAAUAGCGCAAUUAGCUUCGAAGGUUUGGCCAAAGACAAUCAUGAAACAGCUAAACAGGAAUAAGCCUCCUUUAUCUGUGUUUGUACUGAGCUCAUCACACCACACCUAACUUCCACAUGGUUGUUAUUCUACACACUAAGAGCUUUCAGAGCACUGUGGUAAGAGUUUGAAAUUUCCUUGGUCUAUUGAGUCACAAUUUCACUUCUGUGGAUUCCUCACAUGACAGGAGAAGUAAUGUAAUUUUAGCUUUUACGUUGACAUUAGAUUGUGUGACGCUGUAAAUCUUCAUGAUUAUUAGUUGGUGACAUUCUGUAGAUGAGUGUAUAAAUGUUUGAAGAUAUCUUUAUGUCCAUAAAUUACCUCUUCAAUCUUGUCUUUUUGCACUACGGUAGUACAACAUUGUCCCGACAACCUGAAAUGCUGCAAGCUGAAAGCUUUUACUCUCCUAUUAAAGAUUGUAAGCAUCUUAUACUGAAGCAGGGGGAAAAAGGCGACCCAGAACACCAGCAAGUUUAUUUGUUCUCCUCUUCCCGGUCCAGAUUGUACGUGUGAUUGUAACUGGGAAGUAUCUACAAGUGCCACAUAGCUGUGUGGGAUGCUAUUUCAUGCAGCCAAGUUAAAGUGGUUGUUUACAAGCUCAAGCAAAAAUUGAAUGUUUCUUUCUUAACCAACUGCUGCUGUUCAUCUUCUAUGGGAUAGUGUUUUCCCCUUUGCUUUAUUCACACAAAGUUAUACAACGUCGGAGAGCUUAAGUUAAAUCUUGUGUAUCAAAUUUGUGUCCCUUUUUUGAUAUUCAGUUUCUGUUUCCCCCUCCUUCUCACCCCACAUGAUUUGGUUGUAAUUUGUUAGCUGGUAUUUAUGUUUGGUAUUUGUGUAUGUUUAUAGAUGAUGAUUCCAGAUUUUUUUUCAAAUAAAUUUAAUG